CCGGGAAGUUCUCCCUCCUCGGAGCCGGGCCCCCAGCUUGAUUCUUCCCAGGGUGUUGGUGCCCAAGCGUUGGCGAGGCGGAGCCUUUGAGCGAGCGGCUUCGCCUCCUGGAUCCCCGCUUCCGGCUGGUGACCCCGCGGUGGGAGUGGGUGUGGUGCUCUCUGCAGAGCCCGGGCUCCUCGUCUCGCGGCCCUCGUCCCAACCGCUGUUUUGCCACUUGCCGGCUGUCGGACCAAGAAUGAUCACCAAGACCCACAAAGGAGAGCUGGGCCUUAGGCUUCCAGAGAAAAGCAAGAAGAAGGUGGCAAGAGAACCAGAGGCUCGGUGCUUGGUUUUGAACAGUAACAGUUAUCUCACUGAGGUUUGUCCCACGACAGCUACCUCCCCCACGAAGAGUGCCACCCGAGGGCAGGCCCCCGAGACGCCUCCGGUGAAGAAGAAGAGGAAGAAGAAGGACCGCAGCGUCCCCCGUGGGGAGGACCUAGUUCCUGGGGCCCCGGUGUGUGCUAGGCGGGCAGAGACGUCUCCCAGGCCCCGGGCACAGGCUCUUGGGCCAGCCGAGUCCGUCAGCGGGGAGAAGAAAAAGAAGAAGUCCUUGUGUCCUCUGGCUGUGUCCCCCAGUGUGAGGGUGAAGACCUCCCUGGACCCCAAACAGGUUGAGGAGGUGACCAGAGUUGGCAAGAAGCUCAGAAAGCACAAAAAGGAGAGAAAGGCCCGGGAGGCCGCAGCCUCCCCGGCCAGGGACCCUUGGCUCUGUGAGGCUGAGGAUGUCCCGGGUGCUUGCUCAGUGGCAGGGGAUGACCAGGAGCAGGCGGCCUUGGGGCGGAAAAGGAAGCAGGGGUGCCCCAGGGAACACAGCGCAAAGAUAAAGAGGAAAAAGAAAACCCGCCAGGAGAGAGAGAGCCCCCUUGACCAUCCCCAGCCCAGGCCCGUGGAGGGCGGUCCUGGGAAAGGAAGUAAAAAGAAGCCUGUCAAAGUUGAGGCUUCAGAGUACAUCCCGAUAGGAGGUGGCCUCGAGCGCCCUGCGAAGAAGAAAGUGAAGUCCAGCAAAAGGGCAGAGGCGCCGGGCAGUGAGGAUCCCACUCUGCCGCGGAAGAAAAAGAAGAGGAAGGAGAGCAAAGCGGCGGGACUUUGGGAGGAGGAGCCCGACCCAGACUUAGAGGUGGUGUUGGAAAAGAAAGGCAACAUGGACGAGGCGCACAUAGACCAGGUGAGGCGAAAGGCUUUGCAAGAAGAGAUUGAUCGUGAAUCAGGCAAAACGGAAACCUCUGGAACCCGGAAGUGGACAGGAACCCAGUUUGGCCAGUGGGAUACUGCUGGUUUUGAAAACGAGGAACAGAAGCUGAAAUUUCUCAAACUUAUGGGUGGCUUUAAAAAUCUGUCCCCUUCAUUCAGCCGCACCCCUGACACGACUGGAAGACCCAACAUGGCCCUUGGCAGGAAGGCAGCUGCCACCCUGCAGCAGAGCCUGCAGCAGGACUACGAUCGGGCCAUGAGCUGGAAGUACAGCAGGGGCGCUGGCCUCGGCUUCUCUGCCACCCCAAACAAAGUCUUUUAUAUUGACAGGAAUGCUUCCAAGUCAAUCAAGUUUGAAGAUUAAACUCUACUGGCUUGUCUCCCGAGUCAGAAUUGCUUUUUUUAUUCAGUUAAGCAGAUGAAAGCCUCUGACAGUUGUCUCAAAUUGAACUACAAAGAUUAAGGAUGACUCUGGAUGUGCUUGGACGACUUGGGGUGGAGUCAGCACGUUUCAGGAGCCAAGAGAACAUGUGAGUGGCUAAAAAAACACUAUUUUCUGUGUUAAGCCCUCCAUCCCUGUUUGAAGACAUCAUGUAUAAAUAACAUCUAAUAUUUGUACUUAGUACGUGCCAGACGCAUAUUAGUGUGUUUACUUGCAUUAAUGUAUUUAAUUUUCUUAACUAUGGAAUAGGUGCUCUUACUAUCCCCAUCUUAUAGAUGAGGAAACAGGUUCAGGGAUGAAGUAAUUACAUUGUCCAGGGUCACCCAGCCAAUAAGUGCCAAUUGUAUUUUUGUACCUCAAGCCCUAUGUCACUAUUCACUGCUCUGAUGUCACCCUCUUGGAAUUUCUCCCAGAAUACUCACUGGGGAUUAAAGGUCUUCUGAUUGAAGGAACAGAAGUCUAUUACAUGUCUGAACCUCAAAUAGGAAGUGGAAUUAGUAAUAAACAGAAAUAAGCUCAUUUUCCUUUCCCAUCUUGGAGUAGAUGCAGGCAAGUAAGCGUCUGAGUUGCCACCAAGCAGGUGUGGCUGAGCUUCCUGUUGCUGGGAAAUGUGUUUCUAAACCAACCUUGUCUUUUCCAGCUGCCUGCCUUCUAACCCCAGUGCUGAGCCUGGAUUUACUGUUUUGCUUUAAUUGGAUUCUGAACAAGGCAUUUUUGAGAGCAGUUAGUCUUUCACAGGAACCAAUAGCAAAUUCCCAGGGAUGUUUGUUAGAUUCUUUGUCGUCAUGAGGAAGGAAUCCCAGGUGACUUCUUAAUGGGUCUAAUGCCAGGAGGCACAGACGUGGGGAUGACACUGGAAGUUGCCUCAUCUGCUGCGAGGACAGUGUUCCCAAGCCUGCACUCUACAGCCAGCCUCACAGUGACCCGAGUGAUACCUCUCCACCUGGCAUUUUGCUUCCCAAAAAACAGGUUCUGUUUGGAACACUUGCACAUCACUUGGCCUGAAUGCCUCCUACAUACACCCAAUUCAGGCAGCCGAACCACCCGGGAGGUUCAGUCCCAGGUGGCAGCAAGUCCUGGCAUAGGGCUUGGUCCAGCAGCUCACCAAGGAAACACUCUUCCCCUCUGCGCCAUCAUCCGUGGCUGCUCAGGCAGGUGGAGAUGGCCACAGCAAUCAGGCAGCUUAUCAAGACACUAGAACACUCCAGAGGAAGAAGAAAAACCUUGUGGCUCUGAACCAGCCCCUGACAUGGAGGAAGAUUCUCCUUGGGCCAGUCAGCAAGGAACGGAGGAGCGGAUGCUGGUGAGACAAACAUGGGCAGAGGUGAGGCAGUCUGCCUGGGCCCUGACUGAAACCACUGGCCAGGUCAAGAGGAAGGAUUGUGGUCAGCCACUCUUGGGUGAUUCUGGAUAGAGGGCUAUGGAUUGUCCACUGUCUUGUCCCCACAGUGAUAGCUCUCGUUGUGUGAAGGUCAGGCCUUUCACGGAUUUGACUUUUGAACUCACUGUAUCACCAUUGGCUGAAGAGGUCCACUUGCUCAGGGGAGGGCUUGUUGAAGUCUGUUCCUGAAGUAGGGUCUGGCCAGAAAGGUUGGACGCCAAGGCAGGAGGAUACCACAGUGUCCCCAGAUUGGACUUACUGUCUGACCUGGUGUUAGCUGUGCUCUGUGCUUUGUAAAUUGUGUUUUAAACCACUAAGCUUGUGGUAAUUUAUUAAAGGAGUGAUCGAAAAUGAG